AAAAAAAACAAAAAAAAGAAAAUUAUUUCUCCAAGUAAAAUCGACAAUUUUUUAAUUGAAUAAAUAAUUAAUAAUAAAAUAAUACAAUAAACAAAAAUGGCAAUGGCUGUUCCAGGUGUACCAGUUGAUGUUGAAGCUGAACAAAUUAAAUCAUUUAAAGAUUUUUUGAUGUCUUACAAUAAAUUAUCAGAAGUUUGUUUCACCGAUUGCAUAUCUGAUUUUACAACAAGAGAAAUUAAAGAUAAAGAAGACAAAUGUGCAUUAAAUUGUAUGGAAAAAUACUUGAAAAUGAAUCAACGAGUAUCAACUAGAUUCCAAGAAUACCAAGUUCUCAUGAAUGAAAAUGCAAUGGCAAAUAUAAAGAAAUUAAAUGAAAAAUAAUUAGCAAUAUCAUUUUUUUUUUCCUGUAAAUUUGACUUUGUCUGUUAACA